AUGCCUCCUCCACGAAAGAGACCUCGUCCUGAUUCUCAAGGCGCUUAUUCCUCUUCAAUUCAGGCUUCGGCAGCCUUUACUCCAGCCUCAACGCCUUUUAUCCCACCAAGACCAAAAUUAUUAUCAAAUAACAUUGAUUCUUCGAAUUACUACUACAAUAAUAAUUAUAAUCCUAAUAACAACAAUUACAACUACAACUACAACUACAAUUACAAUUACAAUCUUAAUUAUAAUCCCAACUACAAUAGCAAAACCAACUACGCUCCCCAAAAAAAGGAUACUUAUAUCCCCACAAGUCGAAAGAUUAAAUUGGCCAAAGAAAGAAAAAACUAUAUCAAAAGAAAAGUCCUAAAUUAUUUAGACAACAUAAACUCAAAUCUAUAUUGUUUUAAAUCAAACAACUUUUUUAAAAAAAGGAAGAAUUCACAGCUAUCAAUUUUAUUAUCAAAUUCAGACUUGGCUUUGUUACAUAUACUAAUCCUUUCUUUCGAAAAUAAAUCAAGCUUCUGCUCAAAAUUUCAAUUAUCGGAUAUCAUCUACAACCAACAUAAAAAUCAACACGAAAAUAUCGUCAUAAAUAACCAAUUAACCCUUAUAGGCUCUCCUCAAAAGAUUUCUCUAGCUAUCCUAUAUAUUACCUAUUACCUAUAUAACUCGCUAAAUGAACUAAUCUCAAACAAAAUUGGUAAUAAAAACUCCAUCUACUCUUUGACCCUUCUACUAAAUAACUCAAUCUACCAAGAAAUUAACAACUACCUUAAAAACGACAUUGAUAACCAAUUCACCAUAAACACCUUAAAAAAUCUUAAUCAAAAUCUCAACCAAAAUCUUAAUCUCAAUUCAAUUCUCUCUUUAACCGAUCUAAUAUCCAUCAUCAACUGCUCUUCUGACAUAUCAAAUAAUUCAACCUACCCAUUCUCAAAUCUAAUCUCUCUUAAUUUACAAGGUUCCCUUGAAAAUUUAAUGCAAUCAAUAGCCCUAAUAACGGAACUAUAUAAUCAACAACUAGACUAUUUAAACCCUUCUAAUAACAAUAACAAUAGCAAUAACAACAAUAACAAUAACAAUAUCACAAAUAUUUAUAUCCCUUCUUCUUCUCCAUUAUACUUAAAUUCAAAUCAUAUCUUAUUUAAAGAUCCAAACAUAUACGAUACCUAUUUCAAUGACAAUUUAAAUAAUAUUAAUAAUUUCCCAAUCUCUGGGAUCUUUAAUCAAAUCGAUUCAGCUUUACUACAAAAUGAUACCGCCACUUCUACUUCCACUGCCACUACCAAUAAUAAAAACGAUUUAAAUCAUCACUCAAAUAACAAAUCAAAUUCUGUGACAGUUAAUGAAAUUAAUCAAAAAAUGAUUGAAAAAUCAAAUAAAAAUUUACUUCGUUUUUUAGAAAAGAUCAAUUCUCAUAAUAAUUCAAAUACUUAA